CUGGACCUCUUGUGGCAGCCAAAGUCUUUGAUUUCCACUGAAGGCCCAACAGUGAACAGCCUGGUAGUGGGAUCUUGGGAGGUUGGACCAUUGGGCGGUGGAAGCAGCCCCAGAUAUGGUACUGCCUUUGACCUCAUGGCCACUACUCCUCUAAGGAAUUUUUACUUCUUAAUCGGAAUUGAUAAAAGACCUGACAGGUCCAGGAAUCUGGACCUGGGAUGUGGUCCCUUGCCUAUCUGUGGCGUUGCUUGGGCACAUUAGUAACGGCUUGUCUUUUCUCUUUCUCUGUCUGGUGUCCCACCUGUCUCUUCCUGCGCAGUGGGGUCGCCCUGUCCGGAGCCCACUUUGAGAAGCAGCCUCCCUCUAACUUGAGGAAAUCCAGCUUCUUUCAUUUAGUCCUGGCGCUCUAUGACAGGCAGGGGCAGCCGGUGGAGAUAGAGCGUAUGGUCGUGGACUUUGUGGAGAACGACAAAGAACAAGGCAAUGAAAAGACCAACAAUGGCACCCACUACAAGUUACAGCUCCUGUACAGCAAUGGUGUCCGCACAGAGCGGGACCUCUAUGUCAGGCUCAUCGACUCAGUGACCAAGCAGCUGGCUACAUGUCUUCCGUUCCUGUCCCUGCACAAUUCUCAGCCUAUAGCUUACGAGGGACAGAAUAAGAAUCCGGAGAUGUGCUGAGUUCUUCUGACACAUGAGGUGAUGUGCAGUCGAUGUUGUGAAAAGAAAAGCUGUGGAAACCGAAACGAGACUCCUUCAGACCCUGUCAUCAUCGACAGGUAGGGGAACACUGGACUUGUAGAUCAUAUUUGGUUUCUUUCCUUCACGAGUCUCGACCCUGAGUACCGACCACUUGUGCUGUCCUGGAAGGCUGUGUUCAUGUUCUCUCCAAGGCAUUUAGUUGGUAUAAUAGCAAGGGUGUCCUCUUGCUGAUUGGCUUCCUCCAGAAGGAGUCUUGACCUUCCUUUUAGAACACACAUCUUUAAAUCUCCACUGGAUUCUUUUCCAGGUGCAAUGACUUCAGCCUAACAAGGAGUGUAUAUGGUAAAGGAGGGGACAGGCUACCAUCUGUACUGGCAGGGUAUGGCCUCUGUCCGUUUUCUAGAAGAGGCAGUGCACCCCAUGUUAAGUGGCAUCCUUUUCCAUGCUUAGUGACCGUGGAGCUUGAAGCCCAGGCAUUUAGACUUCAGUGUAGGGGCUUAUGACAAGUUCUCUCUUGCACUGAGGAAGAUUCUCUUCCACCACAGAGGACCACGUUCUGGGGUCUCUGAUAUAUCAGAAUGGGAAAGAUUCUUUGGGACAAGAUGCAAAUUCACUGAGAUGUGAUUUAGGCAUCCUCAGCUGUCUGUUUUUGUGAUUGGAAACAGAACUCACAAACCAAUGGAAAAAAAAAAUACCAAAUUAGCUUCCAGCAAUCAUGUAAUUUUUAAGAAACCCCAUAUUCCCACCCCUAAUUUUUUCUCUUUCAUUAAAAAAUGGAAUAAUUCCCCAUUGCUUCUUUCUUUGGGUUUUCAUGUUUCUAGCCAGGUCCUGAAAUGGAUUGGAGAGACCACAGUCUCCAAAGUUGUUAUUCCAAUAUUCCAAUGAAUUCUCAGUUGGGAGAAUGGAACCUCUGGCAUUCUUCCCAGAAAGCCAGCUUGGUUUCUUCGUGGAAAGUAUAGCAUAGCUGUAGGAAUUGAGGAAGCAGGGAUUCUGGUCCUGUCCUAGCUUCUGACCUUGGACAAAACCCUCAGCAUCUCUGUUCUGCAGCAGUGUAUGUAGUAACAGGCCCGAGGGUGCUGCUGGGAGGUGACCAAAAUCUCAAUGGCAGCUUUUCAGUGUUCGCUGAUGCCUGAAAGAGGACAAUAGGCAAAUAGAAACUGUCGGAUAUGUAUGGAGCUUUUGCCAUUUGAUGGAGCCGACUGGGGUUUCCUUGGGUAUUUCUGGAAGUGCAGACAAGCUUAAGUAUACAGACUUAUAAGGACUGUUUGGGGUCAUUCGUCUUUUACUUUAUAUUUGAAAAAACUGAGCCCAAGAGUGGUGGCACGACUUGCCCACAGCAGCACAGCUGGUGGAGCAGAGCCGACACUAGAACACAGCUGUGUUUACUGCUGGGCUCGUGACCCUCCAUGGCCACAGCCUCCUCCUCGCUCCCUGUCCUGCCUGAUGAGUUGGAUCUGCUGAUAGCACAUUGCAUCGUUUUCUACUUCCCAGGAUGUCCUUGGGAUCCUCUGGGGGAGCUGGAGGGCGGCUGGAGGCUGGCCCUUUCCUUUCCAGCAUGUAGAGUGAGCUUGUGGCUCUUCAUCUAGUCUUCCCCACUCCCUCUGGCACCUCUUUCAAGACGGUGCCCUAACCUCAUGACUGUUACAUCUUUUCUUGUAAUAAACACUGCAUAAACCAGUUUUAGAAGUGUUUGCAAACCUGUAAGUGCUAGCCCGCACCUUACAU